AUGAAUGUUGUGAUAUGGUUCGUGACAUCCUUGAUGAUGUAUACCUUCUUUUUAAAUUAUGAGAGUUUGAUAUAUUUAGUGAAUGAAAAUCUAUAUCAAUUAUUGUAUAAAUAUAAUAUAUAUAAAUAUGCUGAAUACUAUUUACAUAUAUUUUUAGAACAUGGAUUUGUGUGUAUAUAUGUUUUUGUUGCAUUUUUGCCUACUAAGAAUGUAUAUAAAAAGCGUAGUAAAUAUAAUUAUAUAUUUGCCAAAAUAUUAUUAAUAUAUUUUUUUUUCUUCCUUUUUCAUUUCAUUAUUAAUAUAAAAAACAAUUUUCCACUUAAUGCAUUUUAUUUAAUUAUUAUUAUUUUUCAUUUAUCUGAAUUUUUUUUGUCUUUUAUACAUAAUAAAAAUAAUUAUAAUUAUUAUAAUUUCUUAGUAAAUCCAAAUUAUGGUUAUGUAUAUUUUUUUGUCUUAACAUUAAUUGAAUAUUAUACUAAAAUAUUUUUAUUUGUUAUAUUAUAUUUUUGUGAAAAAUGGAUAAAUAAAAAAGUAUUGCAUAAUCUUUUAAUAUUUAAUUAUUUUUUUUUCAAAAAUUUUAUUGAAAAUUAUGGAAUAUGCACCUACAACUACCCAGACAAAAUUGUCUUAGCCAAAUGGCUAAAUUAUCCACAAGCAAAUGUUGAAACAUAUUCUACAUUUUCAAAAAAGUUUUUAACAAAUAAACUUUCUUCACUUGAGAAAGUUCGAAACAGAAUAUUUAUGGCUACUCAUUCAAAUAAAUACAACAUUACAACCUUCAGUAAAUAUGGAACUACAUUAAACCCAGUACACAUAAAAACAAAUAAAAAUAAAAAUUUACAUCCCUUCCCUAUUAAUAUUGACAAUAUUACUAUGGAUAAAUAUAAAAAAUGUCUUUUUACAAAUAAAAUAUCAAAUAUUCUGAACAAGCCAAAUAUAAAAUCAUAUAAUUUAGCUAACUCUUUUUUUAUCAAAACUAUUUUAAAAUAUGGGGAUAUAUUUGAAAAGUAUGAUAUACCAAAAUAUUAUAACACAAAAUAUACAAACUAUUAUUUAUUUAUUGUUUUAUUAUCAUUGUUAUUUAGCAUAAUGGGAUUGAUUUUAAGAAUAUUUGGGUUGCUACAUUGCUCCAAAAAUUUUUGUUUUUAUGUUUUAAAUGUUGAUUCUUUAAUAAAUAAAUAUAUCAAAAAUAAACAUAGUUUGGUAACAUGGGGACUAUAUAAAUAUAUGCGUCAUCCAUGUUAUACUGGCUGGUUCUACUACUCUUUAUUUUUACAGCUUUCCUUAUUUAAUAUUUUUGGAUUUUUCUUAUGUUUUACUGUAUCGUGGCUAUACUUUUACAAUACAAUCAAACUUGAAGAAAAGUUUUUGAUCGAGUGUUAUGAUGAAGAAUAUCGGAAAUACAAAGCACAAACACCACAUAUAUAUAUACCAUUCAUGAAAGAUUUGUAA